AUCCGACGAAUGAUGUUGCUUUGACGGCUUUGCCUUUAUCCAUGCACGUGUGUUUGCGUAUUGCACGGAUCGUUCUUGGCGCACAACUAGGUAAUAUAUCUCGAACCUACUAUAAAAUCAUUACACUGCUAUAACCUAUUUCAAGCGUUCUAUCGAGUGAUUUAUAAGUAUCUUCUAGGUAUCUUUAGCAUCGGUCAGUGUCGCAGAAUAAUCAAAGUUUCUUUUUGCUUAGUCGGAGGUGCUUCGUUUCUCUUUUCUCCCUAUCACCUCUUCCUUUCCCGUUAAUAAUCGUUUUCUAGUUUGAUUGCACAUCGGUUACUUUUAAUCGAGAUUAACUUGAAAUCGACGUGCUCGAGGAGGAUUCACGAAAUGCAGUAAAAACCACGGUUUCCGUAUUCCAAGUCCUCUAUCUCUGUCUUUCUCGUUCUUUUCCCAUCGCCCCCUACUUUGUCGCCUUCUUCUUUGUGCCCCGUCUCUCUGUCGCACUCGUUGGUUGGCUCGUGUAACGAGCCGUUUACGGCAAUGGAAAUUUUUGAAUAUUCGAAUUUAUCAAUACCCCGCACCGGCCAUGUGUUCGUGUUCCUAACGCACGUGUGAUCGUGUUCCUAACCUCUGGCUUACAUAACGCUUAACUCGGUCCACGUUGGAACGACGCUCCAAGCGUUCGAUUGAAUUUCAGACGAAAAUCAUGCCGUCCGACGCGAAAAAGAAACAACAGCAGAAAAAGAAGGAAGCAGCCAAGGCCCGUCAGUCGGGGAAAAAGCCACUCCAGGGUAACCAGAACAAGACUGCGGAGGAUGGCAAAGAAUCCAGUCCUGGAGUGGGUGUCAUUCAAAACGGAAUCAAUGGGACGCCUAUCAGUGCCGAAGAGGCACUGUGUAUAAAACUGGAGGCAGAUGCCAGGCUAAAUGCAGAGGCACGCUCGUGCACAGGAUCAUUGGCUUCCCACCCACGAAGUCGCGACAUAAAGAUAUCUAAUUUUUCUAUUACUUUCCAUGGCUGUGAAUUGCUGCAGGAUACCAUGUUGGAAUUGAACUGCGGCAGACGUUAUGGCUUGCUUGGGCUUAAUGGCUCUGGGAAAUCUACUCUAUUAGCUGUACUUGGAAACCGAGAAGUUCCUAUUCCCGAUCAGAUCGAUAUCUUCCAUUUGACCAGGGAAAUGCCUGCUAGCAAUAAAACAGCUUUAGAAUGUGUGAUGGAGGUAGAUGAAGAGCGUAUACGAUUAGAAAAAUUGGCAGAGGAGUUAGUCGAAUGUGAGGAAGAAGAUGCUCAAGAACAACUCAUGGACGUCUAUGAAAGGUUAGAAGAUAUGUCUGCUGAUACGGCAGAAGCUCGUGCUGCUCAUAUUUUACAUGGUUUGGGUUUCACUGCAAAAAUGCAAAAUACACCUACCAAAGAUUUUUCAGGGGGUUGGCGUAUGAGAAUUGCUCUUGCAAGAGCUUUAUAUGUGAAACCUCAUCUGUUAUUACUGGAUGAACCUACUAAUCAUUUAGAUCUCGACGCUUGUGUGUGGUUAGAAGAAGAAUUGAAAACAUACAAGAGAAUUCUAGUUAUUAUUUCUCACUCGCAAGAUUUCCUCAAUGGUAUUUGUACAAAUAUCAUACAUGUCAAUAAAAAGCAAUUGAAAUAUUACAGUGGUAAUUACGAAGCCUUUGUGAAGACAAGAAUGGAAUUAUUGGAGAAUCAAGUGAAGCAGUAUAACUGGGAACAGGAUCAAAUUGCACACAUGAAGAAUUAUAUAGCUCGAUUUGGACACGGUUCUGCAAAACUUGCAAGACAGGCACAAUCUAAAGAAAAAACACUGGCGAAAAUGGUAGCACAAGGCCUCACGGAAAAAGUAGUCAAUGACAAAGUACUGAACUUUUAUUUUCCCUCUUGCGGGACUAUUCCACCCCCUGUUAUAAUGGUUCAGAACGUUAGUUUUCGUUACAACGAAGAUUCACCUUGGAUUUAUAAAAACCUAGAAUUUGGUAUAGAUUUAGACACCAGAAUUGCAUUAGUGGGUCCAAAUGGAGCUGGAAAAAGUACCCUUUUAAAAUUACUGUAUGGCGAUUUAGUUCCAACAAGUGGUAUGAUACGUAAGAACAGUCAUCUUCGAAUUGGGAGAUAUCACCAACAUUUACACGAAUUAUUGGAUUUAGAUAUGUCACCUUUGGAUUGUAUGAUGAAAGCCUUUCCAGAUGUUAAGGAAAGAGAAGAAAUGAGGAAAAUUAUUGGUCGUUACGGAUUAACCGGUCGUCAACAGGUGUGCCCGAUAAGACAAUUGUCCGAUGGUCAACGUUGUAGAGUAGUCUUUGCAUGGUUAGCUUGGCAAGUGCCUCAUCUAUUAUUGCUUGAUGAACCGACCAAUCACUUAGAUAUGGAAACAAUUGACGCAUUGGCUGAUGCAAUUAAUGAUUUUGAUGGUGGAAUGGUGCUCGUGUCUCACGAUUUCAGACUAAUCAAUCAGGUGGCGGAAGAAAUUUGGGUCUGUGAAAAUGGUACAGUCACGAAAUGGAGUGGAAAUAUAUUAGACUACAAGGAACAUCUAAAGACGAAAGUGCUCAGUGACAACCAAAAGAGACAAAAGGAGAUGCACAGAAACAAAUAAUUCAAAUGAUGUGCAACGUGCUCUGCCCAAUUUUUCUUUUCAAGUAUACUUUUUCUCUCUCUUUGUUAAACUCUUCGGUUUUUUCAGACAUUUCUUCAUGUCUGUUGCUGAAUUUACGCUGCUAUGUAGCGUUUAUCAAUGAUCGAAGAUUUUUUUUAGUUAAUUUAUUUAAACAAUGAACAGCGAAUUACUUUGUGACAGCUACCGAGAUGUAUUCAUGGUAGAAUUUUAUCAUACUACUAACUUAGAGAUCCGACGUUAUUAAUGUACUA